AUGGCGGACGCAGGCAGCGAUCACUACAACAACUCCCACCGCGCCUUUCUCCAAGCCUUUCUCGCCCGCUCUGUCCUCACCUUCGAAGAAGCGCAGCCAAUUCUUGCUGCCAUCCUCACCGCACACGAAGGCCGCCCUACGCUUCCUGCCGACAUCACAACCGCCGACUUCCAAUCCUACCUCAGCGCGCUCAACACCGCUCUCUCCCCCCUCGACCUCGAGAUCCGCUCCACGCUCUCCCAGCACGCUGACCGCACACGCGUCUACGCGCUCGUGAACGCAACUUCAGAUCCACAGACCCAACUCGCGACGACGCACUCCGCAGACGAGAUCGCCUUCGUCAAGAGGGUGCUGGACGCCAUGUUCGAGACGAACAACACGGCGAGUGCGGAGGUCAUGGCUGUAGCGGGGAUGCAGGCGUUGCGGCUUUGCAAGCCGGCUGGGGCGAGGCAGAGCGGGGCUAAUGGGCAAACGCUGGGCGGCGCGAGUGGGGGACUGACAAUGGGGCAGGCGGAGGCGGUGUUGGCGGGGAUGGUGGAGGAGGGGUGGUUUGAGAAGAGUAGGGCGGGUUAUUACAGUCUUAGUCCGAGGGCGUUGAUGGAGCUGAGGGGCUGGUUGGUUGAGACGUAUAAUGAGCCUGGUGAGGAAGGGGAGAGCGAGGAUGAAGAAGGCGGUGAAAGGGAGAGGAUCAAGUUUUGUCAGGCUUGCAGGGAGAUUGUCACUAUGGGCCAGCGCUGCUCGAACCGGUCGUGUAAAUGUCGCUUGCACGACGUGUGCACGCAGCGAUUCUUCCGAGAUCAGCCAGCCCGCAAGUGUCCACUUUGCAAAGCAGACUGGACCGGCAAAGAUUUCGUGGGUGAGAGGGCGGCAAAGGGCGGUGACCAGGGCAGACGAAGCACUACGAGUGGGCCAUCGCGGCGGACGACAAUGGAUGUCGAGGAGUCCGAUGAAGAGGGCUGA